AUGGUGGACGAUACACUAUACAUCACACCCCACGAGACAGCACUGGCAGUUGUUGCCACGUCAAUGAAGAAGGCUAGACUGCGGUUGCACAUCCUAAUUGUGGACUCGAUCAUGGGAGGAGUGCUUUUUUCGGCUGGAGGCAUGCUUUACGUAAUGUGCGAGGCUGAAGAUGCCGGACUUAUAGACAGGGGCUGCAGGGGAAUAGUGUCGCUAUUCCAGGGAGCAGUUUAUGCGUUGGGUUUGUUUUUCGUGAUAGAGACAGGAAUGGACCUCUUCAACUCAAAUGUGCUGUUUUUCACGGUCGGAGUUUUGCGAGGAGCGGUUUCAGUGGUUGAUCUAGUGAUCAGCUGGACGGUUUCCUUCUGGGUCAACCUAGCUUCGACGAUAUUCGUGGUUUACGUGAUUUGCUACUUGGGGGGAAUCCUCAAGAAUCCUCAGUACGUGGAGGGAACAUUGAGAAUCGCCAAAAGAAAGAUACAAGCCACUUUUAUGGAGACUUUUGUGCGUGCCAUCGCCGGAAAUUUCUGCGUUUGCCUCGCCACAUACAUGCAGAUGAUGGUUAAGCCACCUCACGUGAAGUUCCUCAUGCUCUUUUUCCCAAUCUUCACCUUUGUGGCCAUGGGGUUCACACAUGUGGUCGCGGACAUGUUUCUUGUGCCUUGCGGCAUCUUUAACCACUGCGGAUACGGGUUUGGUCGGUAUUUUUGGAAGAUUAUGCUCCCUGGUGCACUCGGCAGCAUCGUGGGCGGAGUUUUCUUCUCCGUGAUGAUUCCCUGGUUGCUACACAUAGUUGUGAUAGAGCAGGACAUGAAGAAGUUGAAUUUACCCGCUUACGAAGAGAAAGACGAGCAGCCAAUGCUCAAUAUGGACUCCCGGGUUGUCCGGGUGGACCACCAAUCAAAAGACGCCGCCAGAAUGAGUGCCGACAGGUUUGAUUCUGGGUCUUUGAGUGGAUCCGAGAAGGAGUACGAGGAGAAAACAACAGGCCUGAAAACGUACACCUCAGCCACAUGUGGCGCAGCCGCAAGAGCACGGUCUGUUUCCGCUUCAAAGGUUGGUAUUAGGCGGGUUAUCCGCUCACCAAAAGGAGUAUUUCCGGUUGCAGGAAUGGGUCCGCCGCUUAGGAAAGAGCGGACAAUCGCAUCUGCGUACACGGGGGUCGGAGAAAGCGGAGAAAGCGGAGAAAAGGCGAGAGACGAGGAUGAGGAUUUGGAAAAUCAGGAUGAUGAGCAGGAUGGGGAUGAACUGGUUGAGGACAACCCUUGUGAUGCCGAACAGUGCCGGAUGAGCACGGGCUUGAUGAGGGCUCUCACCAGAGUAAGGACGAAGGCACGCGGCGAUAUAGAAAAUGCCGUUUGUGGCAGUGCAGAAGGCGGAGUUUUGAAGGGGGAUACUCCGCUGAAAAGGAUGCAGACACGGAUAAAGCGGGGUUCUUCCACUGCACACGGCGGACAAAGGGGUCAGGAGCGGGAGCUGGCGGCCUUACAGAACGGCAUUCGAGGCAAACACCGCGGGAAAAGCGGACAAAGUGCCGCCAACCCAUCGGCACUACAUCGCACCCAAAAGCAUGGAGUUCGGCAGAUGAUCGCAUCACGAAGAAUGGGCAGGGACCGGGACUCGUCGCUGUCCUUUUCUCCGAACACUAGUAGCAGUGUACGCACGCUAACUCCGACAUUGUAUGGUGUGGAUGAUGGAGAAGGAGAUGAAGACAAAAAUUCAGAAAACAGUGACUGCGAGUCUGUUUCGAUCAACUCGGAAAACCCAGUCUCGCUGAUCUCCGACUCGUCCGCCGGGUGGGAGCAGAGACACAAUUUAUAG